UAAAAAGAAUUUCCAAAUAAACUUAUAAUGAAUUCUUACAGGGAAGUUUGUGAGGAGGGAACACUUGAUUCCUCCAAAUUGAAUGGGAAGAUUGUGGUUUGCCUUGUUGGGGUUAAUGCAAGAGUGACCAAAGGUUAUGUGGCUGCUCAGGCAGGGGCUGUUGGGAUGAUCCUGGCUAACGAUCAACAAAGUGGGAAUGAGAUUAAAGCUGAUCCACACAUCAUUCCAACAUCCCAUGUAACCUAUAAUGACAGUAUAACCAUCUCUCAAUAUAUCAGCUCUACAAGGACACCCAUGGCUUACAUCAGUUCGGUAACGGCAAAGCUCGGUGUCACGCCAGCCCCAACCGUGGCUAGGUUCUCAGGGAGAGGCCCAAGUAUAAUCGAGGAGUCAAUCCUCAAGGUUUCUUUUUCUCAAGCUUUAAAACGUUUCAAUUCAAAUGCAUGCUAAUGUUGUAACGAUAAGGAAGAUCAUUUAUA